CAUGGUAAAAAUAACAUGCCACUCACAAUCACAACACUCUCUAUUCAUGCCUAAAUUGUGAACACUCUCCCUAUAUAUUCAACAUUCUUGUUUGAAUUUUCUUGAAUCAUUAAUUUCUUAGAAACAUGGGUAUUUUGGUGCUCUUUUUUGUGAUGUUUGUUUGUGGAUUUUGCAAUGGGUCUGUCUACAAAGUUGGCGACUCCACCGGUUGGGCUAUUAUCGGCAACAUAGACUACACCAAAUGGGCUUCCUCCAAAUCCUUCCAAGUCGGUGACACCUUCCUUUUCCAAUACAACCCCUCGUACCACAAUGUGUUAGAAGUGAGCCGGUCGGACUUCCACACGUGCGAUGCGACGGCCCCGAUCGCCACCUUUGCCACGGGCAACGACACCAUCGUCAUCCGUAGCCCGGGCCACUACUACUACAUUUGUGGCUUCAUGGGCCACUGCCAGGCCGGCCAGAAAGUUGACAUAAGGGUUCCCAAACCCGACCGGCCCGAUGGAAGCCCGAUCUCCACCCCGCUUGAGCCCCACAACUCAUCGGGCUCGUCCGACGGGCCUUUGGCGCCCGGCCCGUCUCUCAGCAAUGGACACUUUCACAGUGGCCUUUUGUCUUUCACUUUCGGGCUUUUGCUUAUUUUUGUUUGGGCUUUUUAGUCACGCAUUUCUUUAGUUCGAUUUGUGAGUCUUUAUGUAUUUUCGUUUCAACCCUUGAGGGAUUUGGAUUUUUCACCUAAUCGGCUUUUAGUAUAUAAUAUUAUAUCAUUAUUAUUA